ACUCUCCUUGCCUUGAAUUUGUGUUUACGCAAGUCGGGGAAGCCCCUGUAUAUUUGAUACGGACGAUACGGCCCUGCUUCCUAGCUAUCUAAUACGUAUGUAGUUACAGUGUUGCGUAGACAUGUUACAAGAUGCAAGACGUUAAAUACAGUAUUAUUAUUUAUUUUGUUAUAUUUUUAAUUUCUGUGAUAGAAUGCCACAAGAGCAGAGGUGAUAAUGAACGACCUACCGUAAUAGUUAAAGAAGGUAUUUUGAUAGGAAAAACAUCAAGGACGUUUUAUGGAGACACCUAUUACAGUUUUAAAGGCAUUCCUUAUGCUGAGGCCCCUACAGGAGAACACAGAUUUGAGGCUCCUUUACGUCCAAAGCCAUGGAACGGAGAACGUGAAGCUACUGAACAUGGUCCCGUCUGUACCCAAAUUAACUUCAGUUUACAAGUCGUUGGAUCUGAACAAUGUUUAUUUCUAAAUAUCUAUACCAGAUCUCUGAAGAGUAACGCAAAAAUACCAGUGAUGGUUUUUAUUCACGGUGGUUCUUAUCAGUCGGGAUCGGGGAAUUCAGACAACUUUUCACCAGAUUUGCUCCUAGAGCAUGGAGUUAUAAUCGUGACGAUUAACUAUAGACAGGAGGUACUAGGGUACCUUUCGUUAGAUUUACCUUCUGUCCCCGGUAAUGCUGGGAUGAAGGACCAAGUUAUGGCACUUCGGUGGCUGAAAGAGAACAUAGCGAAAUUUGGUGGAGAUCCCGAUAGUGUUACAAUUUUUGGUGAAAGCUCCGGGUCCACUUCAGUUACGUACCUCGUAGUGUCUGAUAUGGCUAAAGGGUUAUUUAAUAAAGCAAUUGCUCAAAGCGGUGUUUGUCUUCAAGAUUGGUCGCAGGGAAGGGAUAUGGUAGGUAAAGCAUUUAGAGCUGCUAAGGCACUGGGAAAAGAAAUUCAUGAUGUUAAUGAGUUACUCAAAUUUUUCAAUAGUUUACCAGCAGGUAAUCUUACAAAUUUGAAUGAAGCAAGUAUGACAGAAGAGGAGAAUUACCGAGGUCUUCCAGAGAGAUUUGUACCAGUUAUAGAACAAUCGUUUCCGAAUGUCGAAUCAUUUCUCGAUGAAAACCCUAAAUUAAAACUGGCAAGUGGUAGAGUUAAUAAUGUAACUCUCAUGCUUGGUUAUAACUCAGGUGAAGGUAUUUCAAUAAUUUCAUACAUUAAGGACAGAUUGGACGUUAAAAACAAGAAUCCUUCCUAUUUUGUGCCCAGAGAUAUCGCUGAACGAGUGUCUGAAGAAAAAAUGAAAGAUUUAGGUAGAAGGAUAGUAAGAUUUUAUGGUGGUGUUGAGGGUUGUAUGCAAAAAGACAAUGUUGAUGGACUAAAAAACAUGGCAACCGAUAUAUAUUUUGCAUUUAACACUCAUAGAUUUGCUUAUCUCUAUAACAAUGGACCAGUUUAUAUGUACAGAUUUGAUUAUGACACUGAUUUAAAUAUUGUAAAGAAUCGCUUUACAACUUACCAGAAUGUAGAAGGUGCUAGUCAUGGAGAUGAACUGUUUUAUAUAUUCUUUAAUGAAUUCAAUAAAAAUAUUUUGGAGAAGGAACCAAAGCUGAGGAACAUUGCAAGGGAAGUUACAAAGCUUUGGACCAAUUUUGCAAAAACAGGAAAUCCUACACGGGACAACAGUUUGGGCGUAAAGUGGAAGCCUUACACGAAGUCUGGUAAAGAGUUUAUGAACAUCAACCAGAAUUACACAAUGGGAAGCUUUGCUGAUCGACAGAGAAUUGAGUUCUGGAAUCAAAUUUAUAAGGAAGCUGGGCUAUCAUAUAUCGACCAAUAAAUUAGUGUAAUCGAAAUGUAUUACUAUCGUAAUACUAUAGAAUAAUAUUAUCAUUUUUCUAUUACUAUGGAAUAAAAUAUAAUACUAUAGAAUAUGGAAUAGGAGACGAGCCACAUACUAUGUAGUAACCGCCUGUUACUAAUCAUAAUUCAAAUUCAAAUUAAAAUAUUUUUAUUCAAAAUAGGAUUUAAAAUCAUUUAUUGAACGUCAAAAACUACCACCCAUUCAAAAGAGACUGCCUCAGACCUGAGAAGAAUGGGCGCAAGAAACUCAGCGGGCUUUUUUUUUUAAUAUAAAAUGUGGAUUGCAAUGUAAUAUCGUACAAUAAACAUUUAUAAUUAAAGA